AUGCGUGCGCCAAUUGAGGCCCAGCUAGCAGCUGCGGCUGCGCUCGCUCGGGCCGGCGGUGCUGCGGCGACGGCGCCGCUGCCUGAGACGCCCGGCGCCGGCGCGACAGCGUCGCUGCUGGUGACGCCCGGCGCCGGGGCGACGCCGCCGCUGCCUGUGACGCCCGGCGCCGUGGUGACGGCGCCCCCGCAGCCGGCGCCGGGCGGGCCGCUGCAGGAGGAUGCGGACGCAGCCAUAGACAGCUUGCUUUUUGAUCUUGUAGAAGACAUUGCAGCUGAUGCAGCACCGGGCAAGCAGCUGCUGCACCCGCUGCAGCUGCAGCAGCCGUUGUUGCUGAAACAGCAGCAGGAGCAGGUGCUGCUGCAGCACCAGCUUGCGCAGCAGCACACAAAGGCGGAGUGGAAUCAGCUGACUGUGCAGCAGCAGCAGCAGCAGCAGCAGCAGCAGCAGCAGCAGCAGCAGCAGCAGCAGCUGCUGCUGGCACAGCAGCCGCUUGCGCAGCAGCCGUCCCAGCUAACGCUAGCGCAGCAGACAGAGGUGCAGCAGCACGGCCGGCUGCACAUGCUGCACGCGCAGGUGGCGCAGGAGCGCCAACGGCAGCAGGCCGCAGCAGAGCAUCGCAGACUGAUGCUCCAGCAGGCGCAGCAGCCCGGAACGAGCGGGGGAGUGCAGCAGCCGGCGCCACUGCCUGCAGCGCCGCUGUCUGCAGCACAGCUGCAGCUUCAGGUGCCCUCAGCAUCAACGCCCGCGCACAGCCUGCAGCCGCAGCAGGGCUCACACCCAGACAUCCUGCAGCAGCAGUUGGGACCGCUCGCGCCCCUGCUGAUGGGCGACCCGCAAUCUCUGUUUGCUCAGCUGCAAGUGCUGUCCUUGAGCGGCCCAGGCGGUUGGGAAGCAUCAGACAUCGGCGCGGGCGCGGCUGCCCAGGCGUCGGUCGGCGCCGACGCUGCCCUUGACUUGCUUAGCGGGCCGCUGCGCCAACAGCAGCACGCCGCGGUCCCGGCAUCGACGCAGCCCGCCGCUUUCGGUGCGCCGCAGGCGCCGUGGCUUCGGCAGGCGAGCGCGGCUGUCGCAACGCAGCAGCUGGCGCCGCUGCCGCUGCUGCCUCCGCAGCAACAGUUGGCGGCCAGGCAGGCGCCACAGGCGUUGAUGACGGCCGGCCAGCAGCCGCUGGCAACUGCGCUGCUGCAGCAGCUGCAGCAUACUUCGCCUCAACAGCAGCAUUUGCAGCAGCAGCAGCAGCAGCAGCCGCUUGACGCCACCGCCACGACAUCCGCAGCGCUCACGGAGGCGCACCUGGUCGACCUCAUCGCGCGCGCUCUCGGCCAGCUGCCGGGCCCGAGCGCCCCGCGCGCCCCAACGCAUGAGGGCGGCGGAGCCCCCAGCGCGCCCACGGGGGCGCCCGCGGGCGUGCCGGGGGGUGCGGGCGCUGCGGCCGAGGACCGGGCGUCUGAGCGGCUGCGGCAGCUGUUGGGCCUUGGGCUGCCGGAUGAUGACACGGAGAUGCUGUCGCAGCUGCCCUCCUGGCUUUUGGCGGAUGACGCGGCAGCCCCGGCCAGCGAGCGGGCCGCGGGCGCCGCCGCCGCCGCCGCCGCCCCCGCCGCCGCAGCGGGCCCCCGGGUGCUGGCGGCGCCGCAGGGGCAGGGCGCGCCGGAGGGCGUGGACCACGGGGCGCCCGGCGGCCAGGCGCUGGCGGCGGGCGCGCCGCGCCGCGCGGGCGCACGGGAUUUACCAGAGGACUUGCUGCCAGAGGAUUUUGCGGGCGCCCCUCGCAAGGCAGCGGGGAGCCCCGACUGGCGGGCCCCUGCCGACCCCUGGGAAAACAACCAGCCCCCGGUCAGGGGCGACGGCCAGCAGGGCGAGCGCGGCGCCGGCGGGUCCGGCCGGCAGCAGCCGCCGCCGCCGCCGCCCCCGCGGGUGCUGCUGCAGCAGCAGCAGGCUGCAGCACCAGCAGGGGAGGGCGGCCGUUGGCGCCGCAGCUCUGGCGGCUCCGGAUCCAUGUCGCCGGCUGGCCCGCACCCACGGGGCGCGCCAGGCAUGCAACAUCCACCCCCGCCCCCGCCCCCGCUGCCGCGCAUGAUGGUGCGCGGCAGCGGCGCUUCAUGGCAGCAGCAGCAGCAGCCGCCAGAGCAAGAGCAAUGGGGUGAUGCAGAGGGUUGGGGUCGCGAGCACAGGCAGGGUUGGGACCGUCAACAGCCACCCUCACUGCAAGACGAUUGCAACCGCUACCGGCCGCCCCCGCCCCCGCCGCCGCCGCCCCGGGGCUUUGAGUGGGGCGACGCCCGCGGCGACAGGGGCGCUUCGCAGCCGGCCGCGGGAGAGCCCGGGGGCGCCUUGCGUGGACGCGACGGCGGCGCGCUGACGUGGCAGCAGCAGCAGAUGAUAGCGGAGGAGGCGGAGCAGGAGGAGGAGGAGGAGCUGGAGCAGUACCAUUCAUAUGAGUACGAGGGCGCGCGACGCGACCACGCCGGCGACCCAUACGACAACGUUGCGCAGGGCCACUGGGGCUCGCAGCCGGCGCACCCGCCGGGGCGGCAGGGCGGCGGCGGCGGCUUGGGGCCCAAGGAUUUCGGGCAGCCGGCGCGGCGCUCGGGCUCUGGGCACGGCGGCGGCUGGUGGGGAGGGGCGGAUGACUCGUGCACAGGGGAGGUGCACGCGAGGGGGCCGUCUGACUGGCGGCAGCAUGAAUACACGGGCUACAGCCCCUCAGAGCAGCACCAGCACCAGCACCACCAGCCGCCGCCGCCGCCGCCUCCGGCCCACCAGCACGGCGGCGACGGCCACCCGCCGGCCCCGCCGCCGCCGCGGCACGCGGCGGGCGCUUGGCAGCAGCGUGGCGACGAGCACAGCUGGCCGACGCGGUCAGGCGGCCCUGAAUCCUGGGACGACGGCGCGCGCCCCGCCGAUACGCGCCACCAUCCGCAUCACCACCCCUCCCAGCAACAGCUGCAGCACCAGCGGCCAACUUACGGCGAGCCUUGGGCCGCCGGCAGGCCUGGCCAGCGGUACACGUCCGAGGAGGUGGUUGGCGAUGACUACGGCGAUUACUACGGCGAGCACUACGAGCGGCACCUGCACCCUGCUGAUUAUUACGACGAGGAUCCUCGUCAGCACAACCAGCACAACUACCGCCCAUACGACUCCAACCUGCGACAGCAGCACCGCCCGCGCGAGUACGACCCCCACUCCUCCCACUCGUAUGCGCGCGGCCCCGCCGAGCAGCAGCAGGAGCCGCGGCAGCAGCACUGGCAGGCGGCGGACAUGUACGGCGGCCGUGGGUAUCAGCAGCAGGAGGAUGAUUGGCAGCAACAGCAGGAGCAACGCUGGCAGCCGCAGCAGUGGCGGCAGCAGCAGCAGCAGCAGCAGCAGCAGCAACGCGGCCAUGCGCACGAGCACUCAGGCGGCGGGCGGCCCCAGCUACAUCGCAGCGCUGAAACCGACGCCGCGUUCGCCGCCGCGCGCGCCGCGAUCGCCGGCCUGCGCCCAUCAGUGCGCCCGGACGACGCCCCUGGGCGCCCCAGCCUGCGAGGCGGCCGGGAUACGGCGGAUUGGGAGCCGUCUGGCGGCGGCUCUGCGGCCGAUUGGGACUGCGAAAUCGAGAAUGACAGCGAAUCGGAGGGCAGCCGCAACAACAGCGGUCCCCCUAGCGACGACACCAGCCCCGACAGCCUCCGCCGCGCCGCCGCUGCCGCCGCGCUCGCGGCCGUCGCCCGCCCGCUACCCGCGCCUCGGACGCGGCGCGCGGGCUCCGGCGGCGCGUCCGGCUACGGGCUGCUGCUGCAGGCGCAGGGGCUGUCGAGGGCCGGUUCUGAGGGCUCUGGCAGCUGCGGCGCCGGCGAGCCGCCGGGCCCGCCGCCGAUGCCGCGGCGGUUGCGGCCGAGCACGCUUUUCACUUCCGUCAUAGGGCAACUCAAACGGCAAGCGACCACCGGCGAGGACGACCAUGACGCCGCGCCAAGCGCCUCGCCGGACGUCGCCGCCGCCGCCGCCGCCGCGGCCUUCGAGAAGAUCACCGCAGGCGCGGGCCGCCGGCCGGAGAGCCCCGCGCCCGCGGACCACGAGGCGCACGGCCGCGACGCGCCGGGCGUCGCGCGGCGCGCAGGCGCGCCACUGGACGGGCCCGCGGCCGACGCCGCCUGGAGCUGCGACCCGUGA